UCUGUGUCAACAUGACAAAAUGGCUUCCAAUCGGAUUUUUCUGAGCAACUUUUAGUCAAAAUGUUCUGUUCUGUUAUUUCUUCUUGAAGAAUGAAAUUAUAAUUAAUGCUAUCAUUCAAAUCCUUGAGGUGUUACGGAGUGAUUCAGUUUUGGUUAAUCGGUUGCCGUUGUUAUUGAAAGCAGUUCCAGUGCAACCUGCAACCCACCAUUGUCAAUCGAUGACAGCGUAUGGAGAUCAGAGACUGCAGCAUCAGCUAUCAAAAUAAAUCUGAGAUUGAUUUGGAUUCAUUGAUUUAUUUCGGUGCGCAUUAAGUUGCCGCUGAAGAUAGAAGACAGUGAAAAAUUUAAUAUUUGUGAUAAUAGUUUAUGAACAUUCGGUGCUCAUAAACUAUAAGUGUUAGUGCUCAAUGAUGGACCUCCCUGAUUGCCCGCCAGGGGCAGAGGGUUAUGAAGAUACUGUUACUGAAGUGCCAAAACAAAAACCAGAAAUUGAAGAUUUCGCAUCUAGUACUUGCACUAAGGCUGAAAAGGAGUUCCAGGAGCAUAUAAACAGUUUGAAGAUCAACGUUGAAGAUGGCAGCUUGCGGUGCAUGGUGGAGCGUCGCGGGCGGGACAUGUCGGGCAAUUGGAUAUAUUUAUGCUAUCCCUGUGCGGCGGUGUGCAGCGGGGAGAAUGUUAUUCAGUCUCAUAUAUCCGGGAAGAAGCACAAAAGUAAGCUGUCACAGAAUCAGACUUGGUCAACCAGGAUUUAUGAAGAGCAUCCUUAUAUAUUGAAUGUGAAAGGAAUCUGCACUAAAAAAGCGCCGCCAAAGCCUACCGAACCCGCGGUGCAGAAGUUCGUCGAAGACGUCGAGUCGUUGCAGAGACCCCUAUCGGAGUUCGAUCAGAAGUUCGGCAAGUACAUCGGCGUGCGCUGUCACAUACAGGACACGCUAGAUGGUGUCAACGCCCCGCUACUGGGAGUGGAGUACCUCAUUGAACACCCACCGGAGCAGGCGUACUACGAGCCCUCGUACAUAUGCGUGUUGUGCAUCAAGCAGGGCCACCCCCGCACCAUCGUCAACCACCUCACCUGCUUCUGGCAUCGGUACAACUACCUUUUGCGUCACUUCAGCAAAGCAUGCGCAUUGAUGGCGCCGUACCGCGGCCAGAAUAAGUACCGCGAAGGUGUGGCCGUAAUCAUAAAUCGCCUCUCGCAACGGAUUCAGGACAAGUACGGCCGGCUCAAGCCCAUCAACAUUGACAAGGAGGAGUACGAGAAGGACAGGGAGCAGAUACACCAGUGGUUGUUCCGAGGCAUUCAUUUCACUGAAACGGAUGAGUGUACCUUUGAAGAAGUAGUUGAUCCCGACCUUAUCACAUCGCUGGAUUCUACCAAAACUGGAUCAAAAAAAAAACGUGAUCCGUCACCACCAGUUGUCGCGGCGCCUACAAAACCUGCCGGCAAUAAUUUUGUCGCAUCAAAAAAAAGUAAAACUGGCGAUGCAUUGGAGGCGUUAUCCGAUGUGAGCGAUGAACCUGACUUACGUCCUCAUCGGGACGAUAGAGUUCAUAGAAACAGACCGGAGCCGAAGCGCUUCGCGCCAUAUCCUGAUAAGCGACGUGAGAGCCCGUACCGGUCGCGGUACAGCGGACGCGCUGCGUCCAGAACGCUUGCUGAAGAGAAGGUGUCGCGUCCUCCUAACUACGAGUACAAGUUAAAGCUAGCGGCAGACCAACGUGCCACAGCAGAGGAACUGGCUCGGAAAGCGCUCUCCUACCACGAGAAGAAUCCCGAAAAGCACCCCCUUUACCCUGAAGAGUGGAAGAAGUUUUGGAAUCGACGUUACAAGGAGAUACAAACCGAGGGCAAAGACCCAUCUAAGCACGACUUCAAGCCAGAAUGGAUCUUGUUCUGGACGGCGCGUAUGAAGGAGUUGCAUGAGGAAGAAAUGCGUUCCACGGUCGGCGAGAUCUACCGCCGGCUGCGAGUCACGCCGCCCGACGUGUCCGAGCGUGUAGACGAUAAGAGCACCGGCGUUCGGAAAUCCCCAGAACGUCGUCGAUCACCAGAGCGGCGUAGAUCUAUCGAUCGUCGUCGUUCACCAGAAGGUCAACGCAAGAGAUCCCCUGACCCAGCGCACAGACGUCGCUCACCUCCCAGGCGAAGAAGCCCUCAAUCUAGAAGACCUCCACCCAGACGACUUUCACCGGAACCACGACGGAGGACGCCAGAACGCAGAGAUCGCAGGUCUCCGGAUCGUCGCUCUCCUCAUCGCAGGCCGCAGCCCGCGCCGCCGCGCCGCAGUUCUCCGUCAAGAUUGUUACGGACACGCUCUAGAAGUCCCGUACCCAGGUCACACAAUCAUAGCCCGACUCGUAAAACAGCCCGCAGCCCGCUCUCACGUCGCGAGUCUGCGCCUCGUAAUCAUAGCCCUAAACCAGCAGUAACCGUGCUCGACACUGUGCUAGUCUCGGAUGACGAACUAAAACCCGACGACGGUCUAUCACCGUGGAACUCUGACGAUUCUAUGGGCUCGUUGCUCGAAGCACGUUCCCCGGUCAGACAUCGGUCGCGCACCGGGAGCGCGGCGUCGCGCGCGUCUCGCGCGUCCCGUCGCCCCGACAAGUACGGAAAAAUGAAACCGCCAAUCAAACCUCAAGAUUUCGGCUCCGCAGAAAAUAUAGUCGCUACUUUAAGACUGCUCGUCGCUCUCGAGGAUUACUUGGGAAGCUUGGGACCGAAGAUCAUAGAUUUGCUGGCUGAAGCACUCAAAAUGGAAAAGGAAAGAGCAAACUCAUCAGAAGAUAUGUUGGAACAAGAAUCCGCAGUAGUAUUAAUCGAGACCGCGAAGGAAAAGCUAAAGGGUGCGGUCCAAGCGGGACUCGUAUCGGGUAGUGCAGCUGCGGCGGUGCGCGCGGCCGUCGUGCGUGCUGCGGCCACUAUGCAUGAAGCGGACAAGAGGAUUAAGAAUAAAAAACAGGCAGCAGCUAGCGCCUCAGUUCGCAGCGGCGCCGCAGUGCCGGUGGCGGGUGUGGGUGAAGUGAAUCGCGAACAAAUCGCGCAGCAGAUGGCUGCCGCCCUCAUUGCUGAGGGCAAGACGGACGUUUCCUCUGAGGAGCUGGCACAAUUGGUUGAUGCUGUUGUUGGCAUGGCCGAAGCUAAGAAACGUGAAGCAGAAUCGAAAACUAAAGUGGUCAAUGACAAGACAUCGCGAGUGCCCGUCGCCGUCUCCGGCACCGCCUCAGCGUUGCAGAUGUUGCAAUCCGCUUACGAUGAUAAAAAGGUUGAAAAAGAAGACAUUGCAGAUGCAAUGGACGGUUUAUCAGACUCAGAUCUAGAAACUUUGCUCAAAAACUUCAAUGAACUAUCAGCCGAGGAACAGCACAGCCUCAUAGCAUAUUUGAAGAAGCUUGAAGCGCGCGAACCUGAACGAGUAGAAAGAUUGCGGCAAUAUGUGAGCGCGGCGGCGAACAAUGCGCCGGCUGAAGGAGGAGUCGAUCCGCUGAAACCGAGCUUAGAACCAGUUUCCAUAGAGAGUGAUGAUGACGAUGACUAUACCGUGGAAGAUGUAUUCAAAUCUGCUACAGAGAAAGUCAAAGAAGAUCGUAUACGUCAAGAAAUGGAGAUAGUUAAGAAGUCCUUGGAAGAAUCAAAAGUUUCGCCUCCAGUUCCUGCAGCAGUUACAGAAAGCUUUCCUGAGGCAAAAAAUAUUUCGUCGGCAACUGAUCUUUUGGCAUUGGUGCAAGCUGCCUUGCAGCCUUCGCCUGCCCCAAUUACUGCACAAAAUAAAACAUCUGAUGUUGUGACUAGUAGUACUCAACCUCGAUCUUUCGGAGACCUACCUGAACCACAGAAGGUGGGCCAGCUUAAACAACUUAUUCCAUCACUAGCUUCAAACAAUAAGACUUCCAAUCAAAAUUCAUCAAAUCAAUCAGAUUUUGGAGGUAGCCAAAAUACUCCACAUAUACCAGUUUGGGAGCCAAGGCAAAUUUCAGAUGAAUACAAUAGAAGCGCUUUUAAUACUCAGAGACAGGAUACAUUCAACCGAGGAGGAUAUCAAGGGCCACAAGAAAAUUUCAAUCAAGGACCAAGAGGAUUCCAGCGUAAUUAUAAUCAGGAACCCCAGGACAGCUACAAUCAGGACACUCAAGAUAGUUUCAAUCUGGGACCUGAGGACAGUUACAAUAGUGAACCUCAGGACGAUUACAAGGGAUCUCAGAAUCAUUACAAUAGGAGACUUCAGGAUAAUUACGAAAAGGGACCUCAUGACAAUUACAACAAGGGACCUCAGGACAUUUACAACGAGGAACCUCAGGACAAUUUCAACAUGGGACCUCAGGACACUUACAACAAGGAUCCUCAGGACAGUUACUAUGAGGCACCUUUGGAUACUUACAAUGUGUCGCCUCAGGACGAUUACAAUACAGCACCUCUCGAUACUUACAAUGAGGAACCUCAAGAUAGUUACAAUAAGGGACCUGAGGACUCUUACAAUAAGGGACCUCAGGCCAAUUUUAAUAAAGGAACUGAGGACAAUUACAAUAAGGGACCUCAGGAAAGUUUCAAUCAAGGAUCACAGGACAAAUUCAAACAAGACCCACAAGGAUCUAAGGAUAUGUUUAAACAAGGCCCAGAAGGGGCUCAGGAUAAUUACAAUCAAGAAUCUCAAGGCAGUUACAAUCAAGGAUUCAGAGGUGGCCAGGAUAAUGAUAAUCAGGGCUUUAGAGGAUCUCACGAUAACAACUACAAUCAGGGGUCCCAAGGACAGCAGGACAAUAGUUUUAAGAAGGGGUUGAGUGGACCUCAGGAUAACUACAACCAGAACAAACGAGGACUACAGAACCAAGGACGGCCAAAAAGUUUUAAUCAAAAACCAGCUCAACAGAGUAAUUUUAAACAAGGACAGCCUAGCAAUUUUAAUCAAGGUCCAAGAGGGCCACCUAGUCUUUUAGGGAAUUAUAACGGGCAAUCUUUUAUACCAACAAGAGGAACUAAUGAUAACUCUUAUAACAAUAAGGGCACAAGGGGAAACUUUCAUAGAAAUCAGCAGAAACACUUCCGAGGCAGGGGAGGUAGAGGCUUCGGCGGACCCAGAGGUCGCGGAAGAGGUUAUUUCUAGAUGGUAUUGAGUAGUCCAUAAUUUUAUCUAUUUUUAAGAGAUGAAAUAAAAGUUAAAAAAUAUAACAGAGUUUCUGUGAUAUUUAAUAUAAUCUAUAUCUGAAUUAAAAAUGAUAUAUUUAACUUUUAUUUUAUCACUAAAAAUGAAUUUCAACUGGUUGCACAAUACAAGAGACUUUUUCAGUACUGCAAAGGCAUACUGAUGACAUUAUUGCAUUUAAUUUUAUAAUUCUAAUUCAGUACGAAAAUUGUGUGCAAUCAGAAUUAGUAUGUAAUGAACCCUAGAUUAUAUAAAUG